GAAGCCAUUGAUAAGAGCAAUCGACUCGUCACCCUUGAAAGACAGGUUUUCAUUGAGCCAACAGAUCACCUACAGGUACUUUGUCGGCAGAAUGGCAAUGUUCUACAGUGAUUAUUCUACAGCUAACGAGUACUUAACAUAUGCUUUUACUGAGUGCCAUGUAAUGUCAAAGAAGAACAAAAGAUGGAUUUUGUUGAAUUUAGUUCCUGUUAAAAUUCUAUUGGGUUACAUGCCAACAAGGGAAGUUCUGAAAAAAUAUGACUUACUGCAGCUGUGGGAAGUGGUGGUGGCUGUGAAGCGAGGAUGUAUUUCAGAACUGUCGAAUGCAAUGCAGCAGCAUCAGACUUUUUUCAUCAAGAGUGGCAUCUAUCUUAUCAUUGAGAAACUGAAAAUUAUUACAUAUCGAAAUCUGGCAAAAAAAGUGUAAGUCAUUUUUACCACAGCUCGUAGUAG